AUGUCUGCUGGAAUCGCUAGUUGUCCUGCAAACACCGGUUAUCUGGCUCACCACCGCCACGCUCAAUCAGAAAUUUACUAUAUCAUCUCUGGCAAAGGCGAGGUUACUGUUGAUGGCAAGGUACAUGCUGUGUCAGGAGGCAGCACGGUAUUUAUUCCUGGAAAUGCUGAACACGGCAUCAAGAACACUGGAGACCAAGAGUUGAAGUGGUUCUAUGUAUUCCCCACUGCCAGCUUCAGCGACGUCGAGUACAAGUUUUCGGAAGUUGAGAAGGUGGACGAGCGCGUCGAUGAACUCGUGCCUCGCAAGGAGCCUCCAGUUUUGAAGAUCUACGGUUGGGAUGCUUAG